AUGUCAAAGCAGCAGCUGUUUGGCCACUUGCAAUUUGUGCUGCUCAUCACAGUGGCUUUCGCGUUUGUCGUUUGUAAUAAACAAUGCUCCAAAAAGAAGAGGACAACUUUUGAGCAAAUAGCGCGCUUUAACCUGUGGUGCACAGCCACAACCCAUGGACAUAAUAAUUGCCCUAAUUGGAAACAACGACAGCAGAGCAGCAGCUUCGUCGAUAGCAUGGCUCAAUUUACGCUCUACAAUAAACACAACGCUCCGCCCAACAAUGAUAUUCUCACCCGUGUCGACUGCGACUGCGAACAUGUGCCGCUCUGCUCGAUUAACGAUGUGCAGUUAAGAUUCCUGGUGCCCGACGACUUGACCGAGGUGCGCACACUGUGUCAAGAAUGGUUUCCCAUCGAUUAUCCACUGUCAUGGUACGAGGAUAUUACCUCAAGCACGCGCUUCUUUGCGCUAGCCGCUGUUUAUAAUCUGGCCAUAAUUGGUUUAAUUGUUGCCGAAAUCAAACCGUAUCGAUAUGUCAAUAAGGAGGACAAAGGCAUAUUGCCCGACUCGAUGGGACGCACAGCCGAUGUGGGCUACAUCUUAUCGUUGGGUGUCCAUCGUUCGCAUCGUCGCAAUGGCAUUGGUUCGCUUCUAUUGGACGCACUGAUGAAUCAUUUAACAACAAUCGAAAGACAUGCGGUUAAGGCAAUCUUCCUGCACACGCUGACCACAAAUCAACCUGCCAUAUUUUUCUAUGAGAAGCGAAGAUUUACGCUACAUUCGUUUCUGCCUUAUUAUUACAAUAUUCGCGGCAAGGGCAAGGACGGUUUCACGUAUGUGACCUAUAUAAAUGGCGGUCAUCCACCUUGGACUCUAUUAGAUCACUUCAAGCACUACGCUUCCAAACUGCGUCACACUGGCAGCCUUUGCGUGUGGAUGGCGUCUCGUGUCCAGCACGUGGUGCGUUGGUUCUACCACAAGCUGUUAACACGCUUCAAUGUCAUUGAAUGAGCCAACGGACUGCAAUCACCACCUCCACCUCCACCACCAUCACCAUCUUCCUCAACAGAAGAUUGCGCAACGAUUUAAGAUUUAAGUGUGUUCGUUCGUUCAUUCCAUCUGUAAACAACUUGUCAAUAUCAUUCAUCGUUGAGCACAUUCACAUUCUAAAUGUUAGGCGACGAACCAAAUCAUUUCGUUUUGUAACUGAAAAAGAGAAAACAAAAAAAACAACAAACUGAUACUGAAGAAGCAACAACAAAGAUCGAACAAUGUUGAACGUUUUUGUAAAAUAGUUAGUCUUUAUAUGUAUACUACUACUACGUGUAUUAUUACGUUUCGAAAUAUGUUCACUGCUGUAAAUAGUCGUAUCAUAUUUUUGAUUUCAUAUGCUGUACAAGUAACUAUAGCGCGCAAGUGAUUUUUUUAUACGUUCACCUUUAUUUUAUAUUACUAUAUUUUUGUAUUUUGUACGACGAUGUAAAUUAAUGUUCCCUCUAGGUCCUUAUCUAUUUCUAUUCUACGCACAAGACAGUCAUUUUUAGUUAGUUUAGCAAAAGAAAAGAAAAACCCACAAAACAAAGAUGCUCACGCUUUACAGUUUACUCUA